ACAUACGCGGAGUUUAAAUGGUAAAUGGUGUUACACUUAUAUAGCGGAGUUUAGGGGGGCCACCUGGUGGCUGAAAAGUGUCAUUGCAUGUAAAUGACUUUCCUAUAUUUGAUUAUAUCAUUAAGAGUUUUCUGGUAAAAUAUGGUCUAUAAAAGUUGUAAAGCAAUAAAACAAUAAAAAUGAAGAAGAAAUGAACAAAAAAAUGUUUCCUAAUGGCCCAAAACUAUUUUUCAAACAGAUCAUGUGACUAGCACCUUAGACGGUAUUUGCUUUGCUUAGCCAAAACCACCUGAGAACCGAAGAGGCAAGAUGCCAUUUUUUCAAACGCGAGAACCACUACUAAGCAAGAACUGAGGAUUGAAAAUGUGAACCACGAAACGCCAGAGAGCACCGCCAAAAUUGGUGAACGGACGCUAAUUGUACUACAGAGCCACCACCGGCGGGUGUACGAUCCCGGCGAAAAUGCGAAGCGGCCCGAUUUAGAAUUCCCCUCAAAAAGGAUGGGAAACAAAAAAACACUUAUUUUCAAUUUAUUAUGAUAAAUAUUCUCGUAAAUGAAUUUUAUCGCUGACACUGCGUCAUCAACACGCUGUCCCCCAGAAGUCAAACUCCGCCUAUGGACUCAAACCUAAGGAGUUGUUGGCCGCCAUUGAUGAUGAUUGAAGUUCAUCACUAGUGGACGUCCGGUCCAUUUGAAACGGGAGGGAGGGCCAAAUGGACGGGGACGUCUGUAAUAAUCAAUGGCUGGCAAAAAUUUGAUGCGGGAGGAUUUACAGGAGUCGUCCAGUUGAUAUGUAGAAUUGCGCCAUCUUGUGGCAAUAUCGUUAAUUGGUGGCUCGACCAUUUAACCUUUGAUAUUUCAUUUCAUUUUUGAUCCAUUCACAAAAUACAAAUGAUGUGCCAUUUCUUCUAAACAAGGUCUUGUUGCUACGGGAAAAGAACUGCCGCUCAUAAUUGGCCGUGAUUGGCUAGAAUCCCGCCCUAUCAGCCAAUCCGAAAGCAGCACUUCACCAGGCGGGUGAAAUCAACACAAUCCUGAAGCAAUAGCCGGUUUAAAAUCAUCUCGAUUUGUUCUCAAACGACAACGGAUAUUAGUUUUACAGGUUGAAUUUCGUCUGUUUUUGACACGCUGGUAAAUCGAGGUGACGAUGAUGUCGAGGUCGUUGCUUCCGCUGCUUUCAGAAUAAGAGCGAGCGUUCCGAUACAUUUUCAACGCCGUUUCGCGUAUGACGACGUCUCGCUUGGUCACUCGUCGUCAUCGUCGAAUAAAACCCGGGCGGGCCGAAAGUCGAAUAUGGUACGAGGUUGGAGAACCUCGCCGGAACCGGACCACGGAGAUGGCUUUUAUUUAGAAGGGCUACCGGAUGCGGAGAAGCGACUCGGACUCAAUCCGGCCAGCACGACGCGACGGGCGGGCGACGGGAGCUGAUGGCGGCGGGUCUCAACGAGGAGGAGGCGGAGAAGGCUCCAGGCAGAGCGAGGAGGCCCCGCCGGACGGCACCGAACCACCGCAACCGAGAAGCGAGGACGGAUGGAGCGGUGCAGGGAUCGCCUACCUGCUGCCGUCGUGUCCGCCCCUUAGCGUAGCUCUCCUCACCUCCCCUCUGUAUUGACAAAAAGCUGGCGGGCGGCCUAACAAGCGAAGACCAUAAUCGUAGCGGAACGGCGAGGAAUCCACUCUUCGUCCUAAAGAUGGAACGGCGAGGACUCGCCCGCGCGUUCAGCGGCUAGCGGGUCGACGAGGCGAGCGGGGUGCGAUGGAGUACCACUCCGGUGGCAGCCUGCCCCGCUAUUGCCCCGGCGCCAACGCCAAUGGCGGCUACCUCUGCGAGACGGGUCACUGCUGCGGCGAGACCGGCUGCUGCACGUACUACUACGAGCUGUGGUGGUUCUGGUUGCUGUGGACGGCCCUCAUCGUGUUCAGCUGCUGUUGCGCCUACCGCCACCGGCGCGCCAAAGUGCGCGCGCAGCAGCAGCGCCGACGCCAGCGAGAGAUCGGCCUGCUCGCGUGCCAGGGCCCCGCCUCCUACCCGGCCUCCGCGCUGGACCUCAGUUUCCUAGCGUCGCUCAAGCUGCCGUCGUACGAGGAAGUGGCGGCUCAGCCCUCCACGCCGCCUCCUCCCUAUAGCUCCGUCUUCACGGCGCCGCGCUACCCGCAGCCCCCCCGCGCCGCCGACCCCCACCUGCUCACCCUUCACCGCCCGCUCAGCGACGGCCCCUCCUCGCUCAGCUCGGAGAACAGCUCCAGCUGCUCCUGCGACUCCUGCUGUCCUUCAUCCCCGUGUAGCUCCUCCCCCUCCGCUCCCCUGACCUACGAGACGGACACGAGCCACGCCUCCACGCCUAGCGAGGCGGCGGCGGCCCUCCCCUUGGACGUCGAGGCUCCGCCCUCUCCCAGCACAGACGCGGCGGCGGUCCCCACCCCGCCGCCGCCCGUAGGCCCGGAGCCCGCCUCCGAAAAGCCCGAGUCGCCCGGGCCCGGCGAGGGCGCGACGCUCUCCGCCCUCGCUCCUCCACGUACCUCCUUACCCGCCCGGCCUUCUCCGUCCCCGCCCAAGCAGACGCUCUUCUCGCCGUGCGUGGACGUCUUUCCGGCGGAGCCGGACGAGGCGGAGGAGGAGGAGGACGACGACGUGGACGCCGACGAGAGCCAGUACCGCCACCGCAGAUUGACCGGCGACUCGGGCAUCGAAGUGUGCCGCUGCCGCGUCCGAGGCCAGGAGGCGCGGGAGGAAGACGCGGAGCCGGAGAGCGACGCCGGGGGAAAGGACCCCGAUCUCCACGACAGCGUCGACUGUCCCUCCAAGCGCGCGUGCCGCCCCGCCGAAGACGCGUGCGAGGUCGCCGUCGUCGCGGAAACGGCUUGACGGACGGAGUCGGCCGCGAAUUUCAAAAGACCGAACGUUUCGGCUGGCGACGCGCUUCCCUUUCUGGAAGUAGACGCAUCCCGAUUGGACACGGACACGCCGGUUUGGAGGCGAUUACGUCAUACUUGGCCGUGGACCUUUCUUGAUGGAUUGUCCACUGCUACCAUCUGAUUGGACAUCUGACAUCUCUUGACAUCUCCUGUUUGAAUACGGACACCUCCUGUUGUACCGUUGACGUGACGGUCAGGUGAGCGGAAGAUAAGGCUUCACGUCUCCAUGUACUAGUUGUGGUGCUUUUCGGUCUUUAGCUGAGGGAGGGACUGCUGUCGCAUCGCAGCGCCCUCCCUGUGGUAGAUUACUGUUACUACAGCUAGCCAAGUUUGUAGCGCUCUUCUUUCUCUUUUUGUACGGAGGACCAAAGCUGCCAAACUUCAAAAGAGAAAAAAAAAAAUAGAUGAAAAUAAAAAUGACAAUAAAUACAAGAAUAAUAUUAGAAAAGGAACAACAUAACCACCCAACAGGCAAGCGGUUCAAACAUAGGAAUGUCUUCUAUGUGUAUUCAUUUUUUUUCUUUUGAAAAUGUAUUUAUCUUUAAUCUUGGCAGCUUUGCUACUCCAUACUUUUGUGGCUUUUUACUCGAGUCGGAACACUCCAGUUGAUUGUAAUGUACGCCGACCCGGUGCUAGCCCGACGCCAAGUCGCUAGAAGUCAAAAGUUGGCUACCUCUUAAAAAAAAGCUAAUGGUAGAGCGUUUAAUAAGCACCUCAUUGUAAAGCCAUUCUAACUAUUGUGUUCCAGUUGGUUUUUUUUUAGGGGGCUUCUAAGUCACACUUACAGCUGGUUUGGCGCUUUGACACGCAAACGGAUGUUUCUGCUCGUGGUGACUUCCCGUUUGUGUCAUGACGAGGCAAUUCUUAUUCCCGUGAUCUUGAACAUGUGUUUUUGUGCGUGAGCCGUGCUAAAUAAAUGAAUGGCGUGUACUUAUGCUGUUGUUUAU